AUGGCUAAAUUCCACACAGACUGCAUAGAGAGACCCUUACGAAUGGGGUUUGAGAUGAUGGGGUAUUUUAUUGGCUCUCAUCCCUGGUGGUUCCUGAUUGCCCCACUUAUCCUCUCCACGGGUCUGGGGAGUGGGUUUUAUUUCCUGAAGGAGCGGAUGUCUAACAACAUUGAAGAGCAGUUCACACCUGUUAAUGGACAAGCCAAGCUGGAACGAAAAUACAUCCAGGAAACUUUUCGAAGAAACGAUUCCAUGUUUUCAAGUUUGAGGCUGAGCACAGAUGGAAGCUAUGCGACUCUCAUAGCUACGAGUAACAGGAGUGUCCUGUCAGUGGAGUCUCUGCAGGAUAUCAUAGACCUGGACUUGAAAAUAAGGAGUAUGGAAGUGCAGGCGGACAACCAAACGUUUCAAUACGUCCAUGUUUGUGCUCAAAUGUUUGGACGCUGCACAUCCAAUGAUAUAUUAGACAUUAUCCAAUACAACGCCAAUAAUAUAAACACUGUUAAUCUGACUUUCCCCUGGCAUCACUCUGACUUUGGGAGGAUUCCCUUACUUUUAAGUCUGGGCAGUGUGAAAUUCAAUAAUGAGAGCUCAGUUGUAGAAAGUGCUGAAGCAAUGCAGCUCUUUUACUAUUUACAAGAAGAUAACAAAACAAAAACACAUCUAUGGUUGGAGAGCUUCUUAAAUUUACUUUCCAACCAGUCAUCGUCCAUUCAGGUGUCGUACUCCACCUCCAUGUCAAUGCAGUGGGAAUUUGACAAAUCUCCAUCUUCUGUCAUCUAUAUGUUCUCCAUCACCUAUGCCAUUGCCAUCACAUUUUCCAUUUUAUCAUGUUGGAGGUUGGACAAUGUGAGGACUAAGGUGUGGGUGGCGGUCUGUGGGGUGUUCUCCACUGGUCUGGCGGUCCUCAGUGGGUUUGGGCUUCUGCUGUUGUUGAAUGAACCUUUUGUCAUGACGGCUGCCUCCUGUCCAUUCAUGUUAUUGGGUAUUGGACUGGAUGAUACGUUCAUCCUGGUCUCCUGUUGGCAGAGGACCCGAGUUCUGGACGGCGUUCCCGACCGCCUCGCCGUCACCUACCGGGACGCCGCUGUCUCCAUGUCCAUCACCAGCCUGACGGACGCCCUGGCCCUGUUCCUGGGCUGCGGCUCUCCCUUUGGUUCAGUCCGAUCCUUCUGCAUCUACGCCGGGGUUUCGGUUUGUUUCUGCUAUUUGUACACCAUCACCUUCUUGGGGGCUUGUAUGGCGUUGAAUGGACAGAGGGAAGCGGGGAAUAAACACUGGUUCACGUGUGUUAAAAUCCCUGAAGACUUACCACCGAGAAGCUCGAAAGCCUUCUGUUUGUGCUGCAUCGGUGGAAGUUACGACCGGAUAACAGAAAAGGAGCAAAAAGAGCCUAUGAAUCAGUUCUUUGAGCGGUUCUAUGGUCUGUUUCUGACUCACAAGUCGAGUAAAGCGUCUGUUUUCGUCAUGUACGCUGUUUAUCUGGCCGUUAGUAUCUAUGGUUGUUUUACGUUAAAGGAGGGACUUGAUAUCAGGAAUCUGGCUUUAGAUGAUUCCUACAUUAUCGACUACUACAACAGUCAAAAGGAGCAUUUUUCCAAGUACAGCUGUAAUGUGAUGGUGGCAGUGAAGCAGCCGUUUCCCUACUGGGAUGAGGAUAAACUGGAGCAUCUUCAUUCAUGCAUUUCAGAUUUGGAACACUUGGACUAUGUCAGUGGGACAUUGGCUUGGUUUCUGUCCUUUCAAGAGUAUGCAAAUGCCUCCCCUCUUAACAUAAGCUCUCCAGAAUCCUUCCAAAGCCAUCUAAGUAAUUACUUACAACUCUACCCCAUGUUCACACAAGACAUUAACGCAACCGCUGACGGCGAGAUUCAGGCUUCUCGCUUUUUCAUUCAAACUCUCGACAAAAGCUCGGUGAAGGACGUGAUGAUUGGGCUCAGGGAAUCGGCAGAGGAAUGUCCGGUGGAGCUCCUCGUCUACCAUCCUGCGUUCAUCUACUACGACCAGUACACGGUUAUAAUGACCAACACCGUUCAUACCAUCCUGGUGGCUGUGAUUGUGAUGCUCGUCGUCUCGCUCAUCCUGAUUCCCAGUCCACUUUGCGCCCUUUGGGUGGCUUUAGCGAUCUGUUCCGUGGUCGUUGGCGUGGCUGGAUUCAUGGCCCUGUGGGGAGUAAACCUGGACUCCAUUUCUAUGAUCAACCUGGUCAUGUGCAUCGGCUUCUCGGUGGAUUUCUCAGCUCAUGUGACUCACUCCUUUGUCUCCAGCCCUAAGACCGAUGCCAAUGAGAAAGCGAGGGACGCCUUGGCCCAUUUAGGGUAUCCGAUACUCCAAGGAGCACUGUCCACUGUCCUGGGAGUGGUGGUGUUGUCCAUGUCAGGAAGUUACAUCUUCAGGACAUUCUUCAAGAUUGUGUUUCUUGUGAUUGUGUUCGGGCUGCUGCAUGGUUUAAUGUUCAUCCCAGUGUUUCUGACUCUGUUUUGGGCCUGUGGGAAGUAGAACUGAACAGGAAUACUGUCCUGUUUGCAGUGUAGGGAGUAACGUGUUACAAAAGUGAUG